GUCCCCCCCCCCCCACCACCCCCCUGUCCUGCAGCCAGCAAACACUCACCGUGUCUCUGGAAAUGCAGCCGUCUACCUAGACGCUUUUUUCCCCCCCAGGAAUUAGCGACCAACUAUUAAUGUCCUGAUCCAGAUCUAAAGAUGGCCUCUCCUCAGCCUGGCAGCCCACCUCUCGCGGAGCAAUACACCCCUCCUGCGCAGGACGAAGAGAGCCAGCAAGAGGAAGAGCUGGUGCCUGCAAAAAAACGCGGCAGAGGCAGACCCCCAAAAGCCAAACCUUCCUUCAAAUGCUCUGCGUGCACCGAGGCUUUCAGGAGUCUGUCGGCUCUGCGCAGCCACAAGCUUUCUGCACAUGCAAAGGAGCGUCAGCAGCAACACGCGUGUUCCCAGUGUGCUAAAACGUUCUCCAGCAAGGCUCAGCUCUCAAAGCAUGAGCGCACUCACUCGGCCCAGCGCCCCUUUCAGUGUCCCGACUGCCACAAGGCCUACAAGACACCCACGGAGCUACGUAACCAUAGUCGCUCACACACAGGGGAGAAACCUUUUGUAUGCACAGAGUGUGGGAAGGCCUUUAUGCAAGCUAUAUGCCUGAGGAUCCACAUGACGCAGCACAGUGGAGAGCGCCCUUACUCCUGCCGUCAGUGCUCUAAGAGCUACCCCACCCUGUCGAAACUGAAGGUCCACAUGCGCUCUCACACGGGAGAAAAGCCAUACUUCUGCGCUGAGUGCGGCAAGAGUUUCGCCGACCCCUCCGUGUUCAGAAAACACAGAAGGAACCACCAGGGUCAUCGCCCAUACGCUUGUGACGAAUGUGGGAAAACGUACACGGAGCUGAAGGACCUGAAAAACCACGAACGCUCCCACACCGGAGAAAAACCGUACCUGUGCUCAGACUGUGGCAAAGCCUUCUCCCGCUCCUCCUCUUUAGCCUGCCAUCAGCGCAUUCACUCCCAGAAUAAACCCUAUCAGUGCGAGCAGUGCGGCAAAGGCUUCACCCAGCUGUCCUCCUACCAGUCUCAUCUCCGCACUCACUCCGGCGAGAAGCCGUUCCUCUGCCCACAGUGCGGCAAGAUGUUUUCUGACCCCUCCAGCUUUCGUCGCCACCAGCGAGCCCACAUGGGUUUCAAGCCCUACCCCUGCGAUAAGUGUUCCAAGAGGUUCCGGCAGCCAGCCGAUCUUGCAGUGCAUGAGCGUGUUCACUCUGGAGAGCGGCCGUACAAAUGUCAGAGCUGUGACAAGGCCUUUGUAGCAUCUUGGGAUCUGCGGCGUCACAUGCUCGUUCACACAGGUCUCAGGCCUUUUUCUUGCACAGAGUGUGACAAGUCAUUCGCAGAGCGAUCCAGCCUCAACAAGCACCGCCGCGUGCACUCUGGAGAGAGGCCUUUCAAAUGUGAGGAGUGUUUGAAGUCAUUUGUGGUGUCCUCCAGCCUGCGCAAACAUGAGAGAACCCACCUAGCUGAGCACUCUGAGCAACAACAGCAACAACGACAACAACAGCAGCAGCAGCAACAACAACAACAACAACAGGAGACAGAGGCCGGGUCAGCCUCCGGCUUUACUGCCCACACAACUCUACCUCAGUUCUCCUGUACUCACUGUGAUGCUACAUUUGGAAGCUGGGAAGAAGUUCAGGCACAUGAAAAUCUUCACUCCAUCGACUCUGCUCCUCCGAUUACCAAAAUUGUGCCGCUGGGCUCACAUGUCUGUGAAACCUGCCAGGCGGAGUUUGCACAGCUGGCAGACUUGCAGGAGCAUGAGAAGCAGCAUCCCAAGCCGAGGCCUCACGUCUGCAACAGCUGCGGCAAAGGCUUCCUUAACAAAUCUGGACUUCGUAAACACCAGAAGAUCCACUCCACCAGCAAACCACACAGCUGCGCCCACUGUGGCAAAGCGUUUCUGUUUGCUGCUUACCUUCGCAAGCACUUACGGACUCAUGCAGACGUUCCCACGGCCACCCCGCAACUCAGUGACAUAAACAUUAUUCACACCGACCCACUUCCUUCUCCUCCACCUCCCAGCGAGGUGUCUCCUUCCACUGUUGAACCUAGCACCAUAUCCCUAACGGUUCCAGUGACUGUACCCGUGACUGCUUUUCAGACUCUGCCAGAGUACUUAGUCAAAGAAGAGGGACUUUAAACUGAUUUUGAUUUUUAUUCCAUAAAUAUUUAGCCAGUGGCCUUAAAUCUUUUUAGAUGAUGGGUCUGAUUGUGACACAAUUGUUAUUUUUCAAGAAAACCUUCAAAAAAGUUUCCUUCACGUGAAUUGUUACUGCUUUGUCACAUGAUAUUUCAAAGAUGUUACGUAUGAUGUUCAUGUUUUAAACUGUAUACUGUACUAUGAGCAGGCUACUAUGAAACUGUGUUGUAAUCUCUUUAUGACUGUGGUGUUGCAAACAUUUACUUUAAGAUCUCAGAUAAAGAUGUUUUUAUAAUGUGUUUUUAAUUACAGCUUGUCUUAAAUUCUUUGCAUUCUUUGAAUUUUGGUGGAACAAACAACUUGUAACUGUUUUAUUGUGUAUUAAUAUCAUCAAGUUAUCAAUUGUUGAGUAAAAAAAAAAGUCAGUGGCGUUCCAAAAUAUUCUUUCAGAAGACAUACAUUUUUAUACCAUUAAAAAAAAUGUGUAAAUGUGUAAAAA